AUGUCGCGCUGUGGUCGGUCUUAUACGCUGGCAAUAGCCAGCCUGAUCGCCGAACACCGGCACGUCGAGAAUAGCACGGCUUCGGGGCGCCCGCAAGGCUUAGAGGCGUUUGAGUCAACAACGGAAGACGAGUCGUCGAUCGACUGGCAGACCCGACCACGUUCACCUCAGACCACCAGCAGGCUUUUCACCGACUGCCCUGUCCCCGGAGGUACACUACGAAGCGAAGCCACCGCUGCCGCCGCCGCCGCCGCCACCGCCUCACCGAUACUCACUCGGCACACAGUUGUUCGAAGGAUCUAUUUUAAACGCCUCAUCGUCAGGGCAGACGACGACGCACGCCACGCAACUGGGUUGAUGCCGAUGCCGAUGCCGAUGCCGAUGCCGGUGCUGGUGCUGGUGCCGAUGCCGGGCUCAGAGCUAUCAUCACCAGCUGUUGUCGGUGGCGGCCACGCCGGUGGCUCAUGCUAUGGUAUCGGUUGGUUUGUCGAUUGCCGUCCGUUCAUCGAUAGUCGAUUUCCACGACUGCGUGGAAAAAUCCAGGAUUUACGAUCAAGAUUAAGAGCCGACCCGAGAUCAGACGAGCCCUUCCUCAGCUCUAACUCAACCGUUUCCGACGAACUCAGAUUAGUGUUCCCCGCCGUCUCCGUCAAUGUUCAGAAACGCAAUACCUCGAAGCAGAAGACAGCUGCGACACCGGCCACCGCCUACUUCUCGGAAAUGAGCCUGGCAGACUGCUUGGACGGCUUCGUGGCCAUCGUCGACUCCACCAGUCUCAUCAUUUAUAUCUCGUUCGGCGUAUCUCGCAUCCUCGACUAUCUGCAUCCCAGUGACGUGCCUGAGCUACUGAAGUUGCUGCAGCCUUCUGCCGGAGAGGCAAGCGAUGAUAUGCCGGCGCUUCUGCGAAUGAAAAGUGUGCUAACUCCCAGGGGACGCAAUCUCAACUUAAAGUCGGCAUUAUACAAAACCAUUUGCUUUACGUUCAAGGAUGCCAGUUUAUGUUUCACCUCUUCAAACGAGAGCACAUCACUUUGUUCCGCACUCAUCGAGCGUGAAGCAGAAGAGGAUUCUGAGAAGUGUAGUAGAGACCGCUCAUGCCAACAGGGAGUCUACUUUUUCGUUCACGGAUCUCCUGUUCUGCAGUGCUCGAAUCAGGAUAGCAUUGGUGCAAGUCUCGCGAAGUACCUCGGCUACGAUCAGAAGCUUCUAACGGGUUCGUCGCUGUUUACCAUGAUCCACCCUGAAGACAUCCGCAGUUUUGCCAGCAGCAUGAAGGAAAUGUACAAUAAGGGCCAAUCCCGCACGGGGUAUUAUCGACUGCUUUCCCGAACAGGAGAAGUGCUGUGGGUGAUGACCGAAGCUAACGUGAUCGCUCAGUCAUCUCGAGGACUGCGGAAUCAGUACGUGGUAUGUUGGCAUCACAUGAUUAGCACUCUGAGUUGUCAGAACUUUAUGGUCUCCUCUCCGGGUGAAUUGCUGGUCAAUUCGAGUGCGGCGAGACUUUGGAGAACGGACAAAGUACUGGGACACGCGUUGACGGACAGCGGUGUAGAUUUUACGAACAAGGUUCUGAGUCUUGAUGCAAUGCAACCUGCGACAUUAAAACCGAUACAGUCUUGUACCUACGAAUGCGAGAAAAGCGGUACCGUUGAUGCACUGCUCGAAACGGACAUCAGCUGCAGUUGUUAUGGUUGUCCAUCUGCGAAAGUUGUCGCAGAAGAGCCGAGUCUCACGGCAGAAAAACAAGAUAAAAUUUUGACAUCGGAACUCAACCUUCCACAAUCAGUACAAAACAAGGACCGAAAUUCGAUGCUACGUCCCAGCGAUCAGCUGAUUGACCUUAACUUCUUGAUGCCGUUUGUGAAGUACAAAGACCUCGUUCUGUUGAACAGCAACAACGUGGAAACCUCGUUCGAUUGUCAGCCGUUGUUUUCUGAGCUACUUGACAAUGACAUGGCGGAAGGCGACGAGGAGGAGAAAAGUUACGAAGCUGGUCGAUCGUGGUUGUCAGUGAAGCAAGGCAUAGACUGCAGUAUUAAGAACUUAAAAAGGCACCCGUGGCUGAAUUGUCCUUUGGAACCGGUGUCACCCUUGCCACUGCCAGAAGACGAGGUUGAGGAUUGUGGGGCGGUUUUAAAUUCUGAACCACCGUUUUCCUCAAGCCGCUACAUACUGUGCGAAAAAAUUUUUAACCGCUUCAAUAACGUGAGCUAUUCGUCAUUUUUUACCGAUACCAAGGAUGUUUCGCUGCCAUACCACUGCCCUUCUGAUUGUCUUCUGGAUUAUGCCUCUUUUGGGGACGACCAGGAUUCGUCGUAUUCGACGGAGAAUCUGGUCCAACAAGAUGGUCCCCCAGAACUUAUAAGCCUUGAAAUGGCUGACCAGUUAGAGAGCUCGAUUUGCCAUUACGACCCCUCACCAAGUUCCUCCUCGGCAAAAGCGACUGCCAUCAAGGGGGAAGUUUGGAAACGUACUGAUACCAACCUCAGCCCCACGUUGAACCCCCUGCAGCCUUGUUACUACUCUGGACAAGGGGAAACCACCAUAGACGAGGGGCUGGGCGAAGAAUGGCGGAAACCUUUUCGCAACGUGUCGUUGUAUGUCAAGAAUCCGCAAGAAUUUCGUUCUAAUCUUAUAAAGGAGGCUCCUUUGUAG